GGCGGGCAGCGCUCGCAGGGCGUCGCGGCCGGGUGCCCAUAACACUCUGCGCCUUUUGCCGGGCUCUAUCAUCAUCACGGUCCCCAUCGCUGGAAGGAUGCCCUGUCGGCCGGCUGCGUGCAUGCGCCGAUCGCUGGCGCGGCCGGAGGUGCCGCGGUGCCUGCGCUGCGGCGCCUGCCCCUGCUUAUGCGCCCCCGGACUUGUGGGGCGGGGCCAGUGCCCCCGCCGGUGGCGCGGCGGGGCUUGGCAAAGUGAGGCUGCGCAAGCUGCCCGGCCUUACUUCGGGCAGGCCGAGGGGGGGCGCUCACCCCGCCGCUGCGUUCCAGUUUCACCCCGUGGAGCCCGAUGGCCGUCACCGUGUACGGCGCGCCGACGAGCCCGAGCGCCUUCCAGUUGACUCCGGGCAUGGCGGGGACGGCCGCGGCAUCGUGUUCCCUUCAACAUUGCCAACGAACUGGAGCCGGUUGGUGUGCGUCGCGACAGCGAUGCUCCUGUUCCUGGGCGAAGAGUUGCAGGCGGGGCAGCCGCCUCCGCGAAUGCGCCUACGCAUCCGGGCUACAGCGCUGCGUGACCUCGUCGCGCAGGUGGGGCAAGCGGUGUGCUCCAUCAUGCAGCCGGGAGGGUAUCGCCGUGAGUGGGAGAGGAGGGAGCAUUACGAAGAGCACGGCGUGGAGGAGAAAGCGGAGGAGCGAGCGCCUGGGAACGUGUGGGGACACACGCCAGGGACGGGGCCCACUUCGCUCGCCCCAUUACGGGGGGCCAGGCAGGGGAAGCGUCCACCUUGUUUGACCCCCCUGGCACCCAUUAUCUUCUUUUGUCGUGUGCCACAGCGCGCGCGCUCGCUCCAAGGAAGGGGGCCCGCCAGGCGCCGGCGCAUAUUGUAGCCCCCCCGCCCCCUGGGUGUGGGCGCCAGCGGGAAGCCGGGGCCGAGCAAAGAAACGAGGCGCGUGGGCGGCCGCGAGUCUGCGCAGGCGGCAGGGCUUAGCGCGCGGGCGCGGCUUGCUGCUAAUACGCUGGCGGCCAUUCCCAUUUGUAUUUUUCCUUCGUGUUGGAGCUGGCCAUUGCCCGCAAAUUACUUCGGUUGGCCUCGGGGUCGGGGCGUUGCCUAGCGCGCCGGCACUUGCUCGCCCCGGUCCGUGGGAGGUCGGGCACACAUACGAAAGAAUUUCCAGCAGCCGAGGCGAUCAUGCCUUGAUGUCGCAGCGUGUCUUCUUGUACAGAUGAUUCCGCCCUGUGC